CUUCAUCAGUACAAAUCAACAAAAUUGUGUGUAUAUAUUAUAUACAAGAAUCAUGGGAUCACCAGAUUCUGUCGAGUACAUCCGCAUGGUGCACCACCUAAUUGAAGAGUGCAUAGUUUUCAAGAUGAACAAAGAGGAGUGCAUGGAAGCUCUCACCAAACAUGCAAAUGUCAACCCAAUCAUUGCUUCUACAGUGUGGAAGGAGCUAGAGAAAGAGAACAAGGAAUUCUUUGAAGACUACAAUAAGGAAAUAGAAGAAAGAGCAUCAUCUUCAGCUGAAACAGAUGAGAGUAGUGAGACAAGCCAAGUCACAGAUGAUGCCUCAAUUAAUUAAUUAAUCAUUAAUUUGUUGGGUUUUCCGACAAUUAAAUAUAAUCAUGAUGUUAUAAUUAAUAUUCGUCUGGUUCACUUUGUUGUAAUAUGUAAUUAAUUAAAGAUUAGUAGCUAGCUGGUACUCUUUUUAAUUACUGUGUUUUAGUAGUACUCGUGAAAUAUUGAAAACCUAGAUGCUGUGUAAGGUGAGUAUGCAGAUUUGUUGUACGUUGGUUGUUUGUUAUCGUGUUGGAGAAUGUGAUUUUAGCAUGGAUGAUGGUGUGCUUUGGGUGCGACACGUGUGUGGCACGUGGCAUUGUAUCCUUCAUCUUCUAGGUGAUUUGUCACUUCAUUUUUUAAUGUGUU